AUGAAAAGAAGACAAUCUGUUUGGUCGAAUAGUACUGGAUUCUGCUUCUUUGUAGUAAGAGAUUCAGAUCAUGGCAUCCCACUGAUGCAGCAGCUGCAAGACUUGGAAGAAUGCAGAGAAGAUUUGGAUGAAGAUGAGUAUGAAGAGACAAAAAAGGAGACGCUGGAGCAGUUGAGUGAGUUUAAUGAUUCCUUGAAGAAAAUCAUGACCGGGGAUAUGACACUGGUGGAUGAACUGGGUGGCAUGCAGCUGGCGAUCCAAGCAGCCAUCAGCCAAGCAUUCAAAACCCCAGAGGUUAUUCGGUUAUUUGCUAAGAAACAGCCUGGGCAACUGAGGACCAGGUUAGGAGAAAUGGACAGAGAUGUUAUGGUGGGGAAAUUGUCACGUGAUGUCUACACUCAACAAAAAAUGGAAAUUCUCACUGCGUUGCGGAAGCUGGGUGAGAAGCUUACUGCAGAAGAUGAGUCUUUCUUAGUAGAAAAUGCAACCGCAACUCUGAGCCAAUUUGAAAAAAUUACAGCAAAUAUAGGAUCUGAGGAUAAGAUCAUGGCCUUAGCUAGCUCUGGUGUGAAAACCAAACCAUAA